UACACUACUUGUUACUACAACCAGCUCUUCUCCUUCCCCUUCUCGCUCCCUUUACAUUGCAUUGCAUUACUUUAGUCCUCCACCACUACCUGGCUUGCUCAUCAUCACCCAUCACACCAACUUCAGCAAGUAAGUGCAACAAAUAUUCGAAAUCUAUCUUUUUUUAAUUUCUACACCCAUCCCCCAUCAAAACAACCCUUGACGCAUCACGGGGAAAGUCCACUCUUUGCAAAGAAAGUAAAUUCAAGGUAGUGCUCCCAGUGGAAUCAGCUCUAAAUAGCGUUCUCCGCUGCCUUAUAAACUCACCUGGUAUUAGGCCAGCAGCAACAAACAAUAGUAAUAAUAUACGGAACUCUUUGAACUGAUGAUGAGCAUGACGACGACGACGGCGACAAGAACAACCUAGUUGUCCUCCUAUUUUUUGCAUAUGUAGGAACCUGUGUAAAUAGUGAGUUUGGUGGCGAAAGUUUUUGCAAUAAAAAGGAAGGUCACGAAAUGUUCCCCCAUCAACGACUACACCGCCAAAAUCGGGACACAUGCUAAUGAACAAUAACAAAAUGAUUUUAUUUUAGUCCGGUCAAGUAGAACUUUUGCUAAUAUCCUUUGCGACGAGUGCAACAACUCAACACUAGACAGACAUUGAACUAGGCGGUUAUCAGUUGUUGUUGAAAUUGUAUUUUUUUUUCGGUGAAAUCUGUGGUGUUGUCUUUUUCCGGCGGCGACUACAUAACUACAUAAGCAUUUUCACUCGUCGUUGUUUGAUCUCCUGGAUUCAAGAAAGAAUCCACUGCUGCAAAGGGUUUGGAGAUUGGGGUUACUUGUGUGGGGGGCUCACCACAUCCUUGAUCGUUGCAGUCGAGUAGAUAUUUCAACGAAAGAAACCCAUUAUCAGUAUCGCACGUCGCCGUUUGAUCCACUUCAAACUUGACUAGACCACUGUCGUUCGUUCGUUGAUAGUCGUCCCCACCUUGGUGUUAUUGCCAAUCUUACAAUUGAGAAGAGGAAGCUCUCUGUCUUGUCUCAUGCUUUUGCAUCGGUUGUUUCCCACCAAGCUGCUCCCAUCAGCGACGGCAUGAUGAUGGACUCGGCGACCACUUCAGCGGAAACCAACAAUACUCUCCCUGGGUUAUCGUUGGUCACUUCAAGUGGCGUUGGAAUUGGAACAGACGGCGAGUCCUCGUCAGCAAAGAGCGGUGACGAGAUGAACAACGUGACGUCGCAGCAACAACACCAACAGCUUAUUUUAGCGCAUAACGUGUCACAAAACACAAAUGGAGCUAUGAAGUCCGACAUGGCAUCUCCUGACAACAACAGCUCGAUUAUGGGGGCAACUCCAAAUCGUGCCGGUUCAUCAACUCCAGCUGGAGAUUCAUCAGCAUUAGAAGAUGAUGAGCCUCAGCUUGAACCGAUCAACGGAAUUGUCCAACCUCUAACAAUCUCUCCUUCAAACCGUCCUGGGAGGCUGACCAACCAGCUAAAGUACUUAAAUCAAGUCGUUGUCAAAUCGAUUUGGAGGCACCAUUUCUCCUGGCCAUUUCAAACUCCUGUCGAUGCUGUUGCUUUAAAAAUUCCGGACUAUCAUAAAAUAAUUAAAAAACCAAUGGAUUUGGGAACUAUUAAAAGGAGAUUGGAAAAUAAUUACUACCGGGAAAGUAAAGAGUGUCUCAAUGACUUCAAGACUAUGUUUACAAAUUGUUACGUUUAUAAUAAGCCUGGGGAAGAUAUUGUUGUAAUGGCUCAGACACUUGAAAAAAUAUUUCUGACAAAAGUAGCAGAUAUGCCGAAAGAUGAGCAGGAAGUUGAAGUGCCUGCCAAGGGGAAAGGCGGUGGUAAAAGAAAAGGUCCGAUGAAUUUUAAUCGAGUGGGUGCCCCUAAAACUCGCAUAGCAACAGUUACAUCUACCCAAUCUCCUGGUGCGCCCAUGAUGACCACUCCUACCCCAUCACCCGUAUUAGCCUCGGUUGCAGCAAUGCCUCACAAUAUAUCUCAGUCAAGUAAUACAGCAGCCACGUCUACCAUCUCCAACAGCAGCACCUCAAUGAUGCCUCAUCAUGGGGUGCCGCCUAACAUGGGGUCAUACCCUCAAGUGCAAAUGCACAUGCAACAAUCUUCAAUGUAUGGUUCCGCUGCUAACGCGUCCGCGAUUGUUUCUUCGGGAGUGUUACCACCUCCUCAGCCAGCAAAAGUUAAGAAAGGAGUGAAAAGAAAAGCGGAUACUACGACACCGUCUAGCAUUUCUUUUAUGGACCCCUCCUACGGUGGACCAAUGUCAGAAGCUGGAAAAAUAUCCACGAGAAGAGAAUCGGGUAGACAAAUUAAAAAAGUUAAUAAGGAUUUCUUGGAUGUAUCUGUUCCACUACCUACCGCUUUGAAACCUAAAGAAAAACUCAGAGAAUCUUUAAAAGCAUGCAACGAAAUUCUCAAGGAAUUAUUUUCGAAAAAACAUUCGGCUUACGCAUGGCCAUUCUACAAACCCGUUGAUGCUGAAUUACUAGGUUUACACGAUUACCAUGAAAUAAUUAAAAAACCAAUGGAUCUAAGUACUGUUAAGACCAAAAUGGAUGCCAGGGAUUAUAAAUCUUGUGCCGAAUUCGCUGGAGAUGUUAGAUUGAUAUUUACAAAUUGCUACAAGUAUAAUCCUCCAGAUCACGACGUAGUUCAAAUGGCCCGAAAGUUGCAAGAUGUAUUUGAAAUGAAGUUUGCCAAAAUUCCGGAUGAUCCCCAAUUGCACAGCAGUGAUGGCUCUGAUUCUGGAGAGUCAGAUGGAGAGUCUGCCCAAGUCUCUGACGACUCGGAGGAAGAACGAGAACGGAAAUUAGUUUUUCUUCAAGAGCAGCUGAGAGCAAUGCAGGAACAAAUGCGAGUUUUAAUGGAAACUACAUCGACUAAAGGCAAAAAGAAGCCCAAAGACAAAAAGAAAAAGGACAAGAUGGACGUACCUGCAAUGCUUCCUGCUGCUAUCAACCAAGGUGCAACAUCUUCAAUGGGUGCCGCUGCUGCUGUGAAACCACAAAGGGGACCCAAAAAGGCGGCUGGAAAACCCCCCACAGCCCCUUCUGCAGGCCCUCCCAAGAAACCCAAAACCGGUUCGCGAACAAAUAAGAAGAACAAUGCUGUAACCGCUGGACCAGUUGCUGGCUUCGACUCGGAAGAUGAAGAUAACGCGAGACCAAUGUCCUAUGACGAAAAGAGGCAGUUGUCUUUGGACAUUAAUAAGCUGCCCGGGGAUAAAUUGGGCCGUGUUGUACACAUUAUUCAGUCGAGGGAACCUUCACUCCGUGACUCAAACCCUGAUGAAAUUGAAAUCGACUUUGAGACAUUGAAGCCCUCCACUCUUCGUGAAUUGGAGGCAUAUGUAGCAUCUUGCCUUAGAAAGAAGCCCCGAAAGCCAUACACAAAAAAAUCUGCUGCAGGAAGAAAAGAAGAACAAUUAGAGAGGAAACAGGAAUUAGAAAAGAGAUUGCAAGAUAUGACGGGUGUCCUUGGAGCAGUGAAGAAAGCCAAGAAAGGUCAGUCAAAAGAAGCCCUUAAGAGUGAGGGAGGGGGUGAACGUCUUUCUGCCUCUUCAUCCUCGUCAUCAGACUCCGACUCGUCAAGCUCCUCUUCGUCUUCUUCUUCAUCAGAUUCCUCUGACUCGGAAGCAGGAGACACUACAAAAAAACAGGGAGCGAGAAAGUCUCCAUUGAAGGUUGUACCUCCUUCUUCGCACCAGCCAAAUAUGAAUAGUAUCACAGCAUCAACAGCAUCAUCAUCAUCCGCUGUUGCUGCUCCUGUUGGCCCCCCACUCAACAACGGCGUUGGUGGAGGUCCUAUACCUCAUCAUACUGCAACUGGGCAUUCUCACAGUCAUGGUCUCGGGGGACAACAACAACAUAGGCAACACCACAACCCCGCCUUAGCUGAUAAUGGAAUUCUGCCGGAUAUGCGCAACGGAGUUAUGGAGUCAAUGAAAGGCGGUCCAGGGAAAUCAAACGUUGCUGGAAUGUUUAGCAGUAAUACAGCGGCCACCGGUGGUGCAAAUAUCGCUUCAAUGACUCACCACCAUUCAGUCAUGCACCAGUCCAUGAAUUUCAAUAUGGGCUCAGGUCUCGUUCCAAACAUGAACAAUUCCGCCAUAAUGCACCAAGAAUUUUCCAUGAACGAAACUCACCUGAGCAUGAACGCAAUGCCCCCGUUUAAGCAAGAAGUUGAAUUAAACGAACCUGAUAUUGAUAUGUUGGAUGGUUCGAAGCAGGGACGAUCAGCCGCAGCGCAACAGUCAAUCAAGAACGCCUGGUCAUCGUUGGCGCAGACUGGAGGAGCUGGGGGAGGAAAUAGGAACAAACCUCCAAUAGUGAAGGAUUCUUUCCAACAGUUUAAAAAACAAGCACAGGAGAAAGAGGCACGUAUUAAACAACAAGAAAUGAAGCGUCGUCACAUGGAGCAAAUUGAUCGUGAACGCCAGCGUCACGAGCAAGAGAAACGUCAAAUGAAGGAAGAGGAGGAAGCUCUAGAGCAUGCUAGACGAGCCAUCAAGACUGAACCUCCUCCUCCUCCUACCGCAGCUGCCAUCAAGAUGGAGUCUCUCGGAUCAAGUUCAGGAAGCAAUAGCCCAGCCGACGUUGAAAACAAAGAAAGAGAAAGACAACGACUUAGAGAACAAGAACGACGACGAAGGGAGGCUAUGGCUGGACAAAUUGAUAUGAAUAUGCCUGCGGAACUCUUGGCCGAGUUUGAGGAAAAUCUUAUAUAAAACCGUAGCUGCUGCUACAUGGUUUUGUUAAUUUUUUAAUAUUUAAAACACAUGGAUGUACACGUAAAUUGGGGAAGAUGAUAACUCGCCCAAUUUGCAGCUUUAUAAUAAUAAUAUAAUAUGUAAUAACUAAGAAGUAAGGAGGAUAGACAUAUUUUUCAUUACACAGUGUAGACCUAUAUACCAUGUUUUCGAUACACGUACACAUAUAUACUUAUACUUUUCGUAUUUUUCGCCAUAUUAAUCAGAGCUCGAUCGGCGAACCUAUUUAAUAAAUUGUACUGAAUAUUGUAAGUAGAAUACAAUAGAAAUUAUGCGUAUAUAACCCUGUUCCCAUUUUUUCAAAAAUAAAAACAAAUUUAAUUGCGUUAAAAAAACUCAAUGUAGAUAUACUUUAUGAGAAGGAAAAAAUACAUUUGUGUCCUUGUUCCUGUACUCUUCGCUGUUUGAACUACCGUGCUACUGUAAAAUACUGUGUACUUUUUACCAAUCGUAUGUAUAAGACAUCUAAUUAGCUGAUUGGCAAAAUUGAAUGCGAGGAGUUGACCUUCCGAUUCAGAUAAAUCAAAUCAGAUGAUUUGCAAUGUUGUACAUACAUUUGUGACCUUUCAAAAAAGCAUAAAGAUAUUUGUACACUUUUUCUCGCACUACCUAAUAUGCGAUCAAAAUCCUUGAUGAUUUUCUAUCUGACGACAUAAUAAUAGAUACGUAGAAACAUAAUUUUGUUAUUGAAAAAUAUUAGUUUCUGCACAUUAUUUUGGACGCAGAGAGAUGAUGAAGAAAAACAAGAUAUAGUUGGACGACUGAUAUGAGAAUUUGUAGCAAGCAACCAGCACAGCGCAUAUUUAAUGUUACUAACACAUUUAACAUUAAAUUUGUAGUAGAUUAAUAAAUGAAUGAACCCCAUAAAACAUUACAAUAUUGUUCGGUAACCUUGUCCAAAAAUAUUGAUCGAAUAGUAGCUGAACUUGAAACUGUUUCUUUUCUCAUUAUAUUAAAUAUAUAUUGUACCAAUUCAUUAUGGUAUUGAUACAUUUGAUGUUCAGUAAUAAAUAAUAAUAAAUCCGAUUUGAGACAGAAAAA